CCUAGUCUUCCAAAAAUUGUUAAGCUUUAGAGCGGGCAAACACGUGAUUUAUACUCGGACUUUAAGUCAUCCCUUUUACGCGCUAGAACGGAGUUAUCCUUGUCAAUCAAAACGCUCCACCUUCUCUCUCUCACAUCGCCACCAUCAUAUAGAUCACAAUGUCUUUCCUCAGAGCGACAAGUCAAACACUAAGGUCAAGCGGUGCUACCGGUGCUUUGCGUCAAUGUGCAUUACAAAGACCUGUUCAAUUUCACACAUCAGCUACCAGAUUAGCAUUGAGCAAUGAUGCACGUCAAAAGAUCCAAAAGGCAGUUGAAUCAAAUCCACUUGUAGUAUUCAUGAAAGGAACUCCCGAAAUGCCAAUGUGUGGAUUCAGUAGAACGGUGAUUCAAAUCCUGGACGUUCAAGGUGUUGACAGAAAGAAUGUAAAGACGUACAACUGUUUGGAUGAUCAAGAAUUACGUGAAGGUAUUAAAGAGUUCAGCUCUUGGCCAACCAUUCCUCAAGUAUACGUUCAAGGUGAAUUCACCGGAGGAUGCGAUAUCAUGCUCAGUAUGCAUCAAUCUGGUGAAUUGGAAAAGCUUUUACAAGACGCAAAAGUUUUGGGUCCCGAUCCAGCUACACAUGCAGCAUAAAUGAUCAGCUGUAUACUCUUUAACAUUCCUACUUGUACCAUUGAUUACCAUGCAGCAAUUAUUGAAUGCUCUCCACUCUAAGGUGCUCGAUAGUAAGCUAUAGUUUGAUCACUCUGUGCUUUUCUCUGCCUUUCACUCAUUCUUGCGAUUGUUUGUGUGGCAUCUGUUGCUGUAGAUAUCAAGUAAUGAUUCCGUUGAAUGCAAUCAUCGGAUCCGCAUCAGUGACCAUCCGGCGAUAAACGGAUAUACAGCGCAGGC